AUUUCCUUCACUGACUGGCUGUUGCAAGCCCGCUUGGAGAAUUUUUGAUAUUCGGCAGCAAUCCGGUCUUUCUGCUUCUCAGUGCCGUGUAGCAUGUGUAUUUUGGGUCAGGGCUAUGAGAUUCAUUUCUCGCUCCUAGAGUAAAUGAGGCAUAUGCCACCACGGCUUGGAAGUGGGGGCCAAACAGUGAGAGUUUGGCCACACAAGACUUUUCUUCAUAGUCAUAGCAGGGGUGUAAAAGUAUAGGCCAAGAUGCCACUCUUAAAGCGUGUGGUGUCACCCGUGCAUGUGUCACGGGUGCCAUUGGUGGAGGAGUGGGUGACGGAUGACAAUGGCAGAGUCUAUGCAGCUCUCCUGCCAGCCACAAAUCAACCGCAGGACCUAGAGUCCUUUACCAACCUCACCCUUGCCAACCUCAUCACCCAGUUAUCAUCACUUUCCCGGCAUGCAGAAGACUUGUUUGGAGAAAUGAUAACAGAAUCCACCUCCAUCUUGAAUCGAACAGUAUCUUUACAAGGCAGGGUUGAUAAGCUCUCAGUCAAAGUUAAGAAUUUGGAUAGCAAUGUAGAAGAAGUAUCAUUGCAAGACAUCCACAUGCGUAAGGCUUUCAAGUCUUCAGCGCUGUUUGAUCAGCAAGUGGUUUCAAGAGACACCAUCCCGGCUGCCAUGUUGGAGACAUACGAGACGUGCGAACAACCUCCGCCUCUCCACCAGCUGAACCCCUACAGGGAUGACGGGAAGGAUGGACUGAAGUUCUACACGGAUCCAUCCUACUUCUUCAACCUAUGGCGUGAGGAGAUGACCCAGGAGACCGAGCGGCUGAAGCUGGACAAGAAGCAGAAGCAUGCACAUGGAGGGGAGCAUCGAAAUGAGCCAAAUAAACCGAAGGGAGACGGAAGAAACAAGAGUAAAAAGAUUCCUCGGCAAGCAGGCAACACGAGGGAGAAGCACCGACAGCUGGCCAUUGCUCAUGGGGAAUACAUUGCACCGCAGUCGCAGUAUAGGACUCCUAUGAAUCAAGUCAAUGAGAAUAUGUAUGACCAGUCAUUAGGAAUGAGCACAGCAGAUGGACGACCACUGCGACCAAAUAGUAUAGAGCUUCGUGGUCAUUAUGUGAAUGCACAAACUGGGCAGGAGGUUGUGUACGGGACAAACUCCCACCCCCACGCCUAUUCCCCGACCCAGGAGAUGGCUCAGACUGUCCCAGCUUCAGAUCACUCUGGAUACCCACCUCCCUACCAGGAUCAGUAUUCAGGGUACCCACCACCUCCCUAUACACCAGAUGGCGCUGGAUCACAGGGCAGUACACCUAGUCGAAGUUCAUCGCAGCGACCACCUUCAAACAGGCCCCUGCAGCCACCACCUGCACCCCCAAGUGGCAACAAUACGCCUACACCACCAGGAGGUUCCCAUAGUGGCACCCCAACUCGCUUACGUGGGCCCUCACAAGGCAGAGAGUGUCUACCUCCUCCUCCACCUCCACCAGGGCCACAGCAGCAGGUGUCUCAUCCUGGUCUGUCUAGAGGGCCAUCCAUGUCACCAGGACCCGGGCGACACGUUCAGCCCCAUGAGCAUGACCUCCCACCUCCGCCACCUACUCCAGACAAGGCUGGUGAUGCUGAGCCUCCACCUCCUUCUCCUCCACCUCCUCCUCCAAUACCUGCUAUCCAGGAAGGCGGACCUCCACCACCACCUCCACCUCCUCCACCUGUUCCAAAUGGAAAUGCUCCAGGAGCACCUCUUCCACCUCCAAUGCCUAAUGGUGUUAUAAAACAACAACCACAGACUGUCUUAGCUAAACCUAAGAAAGUGGAGAAGAAAGUGUUACCUCCAGUUGAAACGGAUGGUCGAAGUGAUCUACUUAAGGCAAUUAGAGAAGGCAUCAAGUUACGGAAGGUUGAUGAUGUCAAGACGAAGCCAAAGGAAGAUCCGGACAGCGUGGACGUCGCCUCAAUCCUCCAGAGAAGAUUUGCCUUUGAGGUCAGCGACAGUGAAUCAUCUUCGGACAGUGAGUCGGACAGCGACGAAUGGGACGAGACAAGCGCAUAGUUCUGUGACAGGUCACUAUCAUCUCAUAAUCAUUUAUCUUACGGCUAUUGCCACUUAUCUGUCACAGUGGAAUUGCAAAUUGAAAAUGUCUUUAGUCAAAAGUGAGGAAAGGCUUGUAAGUGUAUUGGAGCAACAGUGAGACUCCCCUCGUGUCACGCAGCUCUGGGUCGUGAGCCCGUGAAAGCGUUGCUGAAGAUGGGAAUUUAGCUCAGAUAUGUGAUGUGAUGUGAGGCUUCUCCUUCUUUAAGGCCAUAUGCAAGUGAUCUGUUCAGUACAUAUAUAGUUAUUUUCAUAUUUCAAAUAUCAUUAUAUACUAUACUUAUUUAAGUCAUUAUUAUGUACUGAACUGUUGAUACUUACUGAGACAUAAAUACACAAAGGCUGUAUUUUAUGCUUUGAAGUUGAGAGGAGUUUGUCAUCUGAAUAGCUGGUAGCACAGACACUAAGAAACAUUCAGAUGGAAUAAUUAUCACUUCUGUUGUUCUUAAUAGCAGUUGAAACUACGUCAGGAUAUGAAAUCUAACUCGCAUGCAUCACACCACUUUUCCCAAUUGGCUAAAACUUUACAUUUUUCCCCUUUUUUUUAAGAGAAACAAAUUUGUUGCCUAAAGUUAGUGUAAUUAUGAUUAGCAAAUACAAAAUGAUAAGUUGCUGUAAACUUCCAACACUACUGGAAAAUAUUCAGGAAGUCACAGUAUAUUGUGAAUGUUUUUCUUUUACUUGUUUUUGUUAUCUUUCCUUUUUUAAUAGAAGCUUGUAAUAUAUUUCCAUUUUAUGUCAAGGCUUUAUUCAUGUGAUACACUACCAGCCCAUUUUCUGUCACUGCUAUUGUGCUUUGUUGUGUAAAUUUUCUGAGUUAUAUUAAGUUUAAUUCCAAAGAUGAAAACAUUAUUACUAUAUAUAUGUACAUAUAUAUUCAUAUUUUCAUGGUAACUGCCACUUGUAUUGGAUAUUUGGCCAUCUACAUUAAAAAUAAGUUAGUUCAUUGUAUCCCAUGUAAUGAGAAAAGUAGCUGUUUUAUAACUGUAUGAGAAUUAUGAAUACUCAUGAUUAGGGUGCUUGGAGAAAGGAACACAUUGGCCAAAGCAAUAAUGGGGUGCAUCAGCUGUCCUUUUGUUCAACAGACUUUUGUUAUGGGCUGAGAUUCAUCAAAAGGUCUUUUAGGUUACAUUUCGGUUGCUUGUCAGUGUUGGGAAGUGACGCACAAUUUUAUAGAUAGUUUAGGGUUCUUCUAUGUUUUUGAUUUAUGCUUAUUAUAUUUUUUUGUUAUUAUUAUUUAUAAUUUACAACAGAUUUGCUGUUGUAGAACUUUUCCGAUAUGUACCUUUCAAUACGCACAUAUUUAUCUUCUCAUUUAUUGAAGUUAAAAAUGAGUGAUAAUAUAGCCAUAUGUAUGGAUUUAACUGGAUAAAAAGUUUUUAUGAUGGUAUCAAAUCAUAAUUCUCCAAGAUUAUUUGAACAGAUUCCUUCAUUAAGCAUAUAUGAAGUUGUAAGCUACCCACAAACAAGGUUACUCAGAACUCUCUUACCUUGAUUUUAUCAGAAUAGGUAGAUGAGACAGCCUUUACUCACAAAUAUAUGUAAUGCAAGUAAUUCAGCCUCUAGAUUGUCAUUCUUUAUGUAUAAAGAUGCUUUGAUUUAUACACGUCAUUUAAUAUCUUACCUUUCUUGAAGUUGGGGAGUCAGUGGAAUGGACAUUAAAUUGGGGGUGUGUGUUGUUCGGUGUAUAAUAUCUCUGUGGAUGAAAUAACAAAAAGUAACAAAAAGCUUAGUUAAUAUUUUUGACAAUUUCCUUCAAGGAUGCACAAUGAAAUUGCAUUUUUUUAUUAUCAUUAUCUUUAAAGAGGGAUUUUCCAUUGAAUAUUCUUUCACUUCUGUGCUUUGGUUAGAAUUGCCAACUGCAGUUUCCUCCAUUCAGCCUUCAGGAUUACUUGUCUGUGCUGAUAGUUCUGGUCAAUAUUGUGAGUGUUGAUGGUAGCAAAGCUUUUGAUAUGAAUGAUGAGAGUUACCUAUGUUGAAAUGAAGCCACUGAGAUCUUUGUAUGCCUUUUAUGUAGCAAUACUAGUAGGCUUUUUUAGGAUGGAGGAUGACAUUGAAAUUACUAAGCAAAAAAAAAAAAAAA